CACCUCUUCACACCAAAAAGGCAAUCCGAAUCGCUUCACUUGUACACAAACCCCAUCCUAUCCUACUAUUUAUACUAAUACUCCCCUCUUACAAUUUCCUAUCAUAUUCUGAAAUUCUUAAUUAUAUUAAUCUAUCUUGAUCUUUUGUUAUCAAGUAAGUUAUUAGCAAAGAUGGCUGAUGAGAGUAUCAACUACAAUGAGGCACCCGCUACCGUUGAGACUACCGAUCGUGGUUUGUUUGAUUUCAUGAAGAAGAAGGAUCACUCGUCCGAUGUCGAUGCCGUCGCCUCCGGUGUCGAAAAGGUUCACGUCUCCGAGCCUGUUGAGUGUAAGGAAGAGGACAGCAAACUUGUUCAGAAGUUCCAUCGUUCCGACAGUUCUAGCUCUAGCUCUUCCGAUGAAGAGGAUGAUGAAGAGAAGAAGAGGAGAAAGAAGGAAAAGAAAGAGAAAAAAGCAGGACUGAAAGAGAAGAUUCAUGAGAAAUUAGGAGGACACAAGGAUGAGCACGACGAUACAAACGUGCCAAUUGAGCAAAUCCAUGUGCAAGAGAAUGUAUACUCUGAACCAUCUAAUUAUACUAAACCUGUCCAACAUGAUCACAACAAAGAGGAGGAAAAGAAGGGUGGUUUCCUUGACAAAAUCAAGGAGAAACUCCCCGGUCAGCAUAAGGAUAAGGCCGCAGAGCCCGAGGUGGUUGUGUCGGUGCCGGUGGGCGAGCCGUGUGUCGAGGGAGAUAAGGAGAAGAAGGGAUUCUUGGAGAAGAUCAAGGAGAAGAUCCCUGGGUUUCACUCAAAGAAUGAGGCUGAGGAGAAGAAGGAUCAUGAGGAGAAAAAAGAGGGAUAUUAAAUUUAAAUAAUUGUUAUGUUUAAUAAGAAUUAAUUAGGUACUUUUUAAAAGUAAUUGAUGCUUUGUUUAAGGAAGGAAAAAAAAGGAUGAGAGUUGUUAUUUUCAUUAUUUGAUUUGAUUUGAUUUGAUUUGAUUUGAUGAAUGCUUUGUAGUGAUGUGAGUAUUGUGGGGCUUUGAGGUUCAAAGUUUUUCAUGAUGUAUAUGCAAAGUGCAAUUAUUUGCUUAUGGAAUAUAUGAAUGUUUUGUUUUUUUACA